AUGGCCCAAAAAGCACGCAAAGACCGAGCCAAGUCCAAUGCGGCGGCUCUCAACAACCUCCAUCUCGGUUCUCUAGUCAUCAAUGGCCUCUUCCUGCUCCUGCACUUCGUCUUCAGGUCACGCUCUCUGCUGCUCUGGUUCAUUCUCUCGCUCCCCAGCUUCGUCUGCCAAUUUACGCUGGAAAAGACUGGACGCCCCAGAUAUGACGCCGAGACAAACGCGCUCAAGUCCUCGGGCGAGGACCUUGCCGCUCCCGGUCUGACCGAGUACUUGUUCGACGUCGUCUGGGUGACCUGGGCGGCAGCAAUCCUUGUGGCACUCUUCGGCAACUGGGCAUGGUUCUUAUGGGCUGUUGUUCCCGCCUAUGGCGCCUACAAGGCUUUCGGAAUGAUGGGCGCCGCAAAGCAGAUGGCUCAGAUGGGCGCCGCUGCAAAUGCCGCUCCCGCCGGCAACCGCAAGCAGCGGCGGGCUGCCUAG